AUGUUCCUAAUUGGGUUUCUCACCAUAGCAGCCAUUGAUUUUAGUUUCUGCAAUGGAAACCAUGAUGUGGUGGUGAUGUGCAGGGAGAGCGAGAAACAAACUCUUUUACAAUUCAAGAAAGAUCUAGAAGAUCCUACAAACGGACUCUCUUCUUGGGAGGUCAAAGAUGAUUGUUGUAAAUGGAAAGGUGUUGUUUGCGACAACUUCACUGGCCAUGUCCUCGAACUCAACCUUCGAAAUUCUUAUACUGAUGGUAUCGUCGAUGGUGUUUACCAACGGUAUGACAAGCUCAGUUUGAAUGGCAAAAUAAAUCCUUGUUUGCAAAAAUUGAAGCACCUCAAGUACCUGGAUCUGAGUGAAAAUAAUUUCACAAAUAUACCAUUCCCACCAGUCAUUGCUUCUAUGACACAACUGCAAUAUAUCAACUUGUCCAAUGCAGGAUUUGUGGGAACAAUUCCCUAUCAGCUUGGAAACUUGUCGAGUUUACGUUCUCUCAGCCUCCGAUGUACCCAACUGGCUACAGAUCUUUCCUGGAACAACUUUUGCUCUCCAAUACCUGGGUGGGUCUUUAGCCUUGGUAGCCUCGUUUAUCUUGAUCUAAGCUCUUGUAAUUUGAUAGGUCCAAUCCCAAAAGGUUCUUGGAACCUAACUUCUCUCGAGACGCUUGAUGUUUCUUAUAAUGAUCUCAACUCUUCUUUACCAAAUUCGUUGUUUAGUACUACAAAUAGCCUCGUCUAUCUUAGCCUUGAACAGUGUGGAUUUCAAGGUCCAUUUCCUACAAUUGUGCCCAACAUGACCAAUCUGUCUCAUCUUGAUCUAUCUUGCAAUUCUCUCAAUUCUACUAUACCCAGUUGGUUGUAUAGCUUUAGUCGUCUUGAGGUCCUCAACUUGGGCUCCAACAGGUUAGAAGGAAGGCUACCGAUACCGAAUUCCAUCGGAAACCUGGCUUCUCUAUACAGCCUUGACCUAUCAUAUAAUGGACUUGAGGGAAGGCUACCGAAUUCCAUCGGAAACCUAGCUUCUCUAGAAAUUCUCGAGCUAUCAUAUAAUGGACUUGAGGAAAGUCUACCAAGAUCGUUAGGAAAUCUUUGCAACUUGAGACAUAUUGGUUUGUCACAUAACAAAUUUAGCGGAGAAUUAUUCACUAGCUCGUCUAAAUGCAUUGCAAUACAUGCUUUGGAGGAUAUGUUCCUGAAUGGGAACAAACUUUCCGGUCCCAUUCCAGAAACUCUGGGAAGAUUGACUUCCUUAAAUACAUUGUCAUUGGAGGAUAAUCAAUUAAAUGGAACUCUUCCUCAAAGUCUUGGACACCUUUCAAAGCUAUCAGGAGUUGAUGUGUCUAAUAAUUUGUUGGAAGGCACUGUAUCAGAAGUUCACUUCACCAAUCUUGCAAAUCUGUGGAAAUUUCAUGCUUCCGGCAAUUGGUUGACUUUAAAAGUGAGUCCUGACUGGAUCCCUCCCUUUCAACUUUUAGCAGUGGAACUUAGAUCAUGGCAUUUGGGUCCAAAGUUUCCCAUAUGGCUCCAAUCACAAAAACAACUUCAGCUCAUUGACUUGUCAUGCACUGGAAUAUCAGAUAGGAUUCCAACUUGGUUUUGGAACUUAUCUUCCUCGACCACCCAUCUAAAUCUCUCCCACAACCAACUCUACGGUGAGAUUUCAUAUAUUCCUUACGAUCUUGGAAGGGUUUUCUUAAGCUCCAAUAAUUUGAAUGGUACACUACCUCGUCUUUCUUCAAAUUUGAUUCAGCUUGAUCUUUCCAAAAAAUUAUUUUCUGGGGAGAUCUCCCACUUGCUAUGUAAUGGGAAUAAAGAAGAAAAUCUUCUAUUAAUUCUUGUUCUAAAAGAAAACUUUUUAUCCGGAGAAAUUCCUGAUUGUUGGAUGGCUUGGACAUCAAUGAGAGUCAUAGAUAUGGGAAACAACAAUCUGACGGGAAACAUCCCAAGCUCCAUGGGGCAUUUAGGCAGUCUGCAAUCAUUACACCUGCGAAACAACCAUCUCUCUGGAGAAAUUUCUUCAUCUCUUCAAAACUGCAACAAUUUAGUAAUGGUUGAUCUCAGUGAGAAUGAGUUUAUUGGAAGCAUACCGACAUGGAUGGGAGAAAGGCUUUUGCAUUUGAUCGUUCUCAUCCUCCGGUCAAAUAAGUUAGAUGGCAUGAUACCUCUAGAACUUUGUCGUAUCUCCUCACUUAAAAUCUUGGAUCUUUCGAACAACAAUUUGUCAGGUGCAAUGCCAUGGUGCAUCAACAAUAUCACUGCCAUGGCAAUGAAGCCAAACUCCAGUGAUUUUAUGCAUAGAGGAGGAGGAGGAGGAGGAAGUAACUAUCAAUAUGACAAGAUUCUUACUCUUGUGGCUAGCGUAGACCUUUCAAACAACAAUUUAUCUGGCAACAUCCCUGAGGAAUUGACUGGUCUACUAGGACUGCUUUCAUUGAAUCUAUCUGGAAAUCAUUUGAUUGGUGUGAUUCCAAAGAAGAUGGGUGAUAUGGUGUCUUUGGAAUCUCUUGAUUUAUCCAAAACCAAAUUCGUGGGCAAUGUCUGGACAAGACUCUAUGUUUAUGUUCAGGAUCGGAAAGUUUCUGAAUUCCAAGAACUCAAACAAGACAGGAUGUCAGUAGCCGAGGAUGAGACCAAGUUUACUGAAUUGGCUCGAUUUGCUCCAUAUAUGGUGGAUACUGAUUACAAGAAGGCAUAG